CAUUCACUUUUUUAGUAACCAAGUGCUACCAACAAUCAAAUAGACCAUUCAGUUGACUUUCCUGCCGGUCUUCCUUCGUCGCCGUUCUUUCAAACGAAGAGUGUUGUGAUCUGAGUUUCAGUUAAAAAAAAAUGCCAGAAAUGAAAGACGCAGAAAAGACUGUACCGGCUGAGGCCAAGCCUGAGAGCGAGAGCUCCACAGAUUCAGAGUCCGAUGAGGACAUUCCAGAAUUGGAAGAUGCCAACACUGCUGCACCUGGAUCUGCUGGUUUCCCAGGAGCCACUGCAACUGGUUUGCCAAUUGACAUGGUGUCCAAGGCCAAACAAUCCAGAGGAGAAAAGAAGGCCAGGAAGAUAAUGUCAAAGUUGGGGCUGAAGCCAGUCACUGGAGUCAGCAGGGUCACAAUCCGCAAGUCAAAGAACAUUCUGUUCGUGAUUAACAAACCGGAUGUGUACAAGAACCCAGUGAGCGACACUUACAUUGUGUUCGGCGAGGCAAAGAUUGAGGAUCUCUCGCAACAAGCCCAAGUGGCGGCUGCUGAGAAAUUCAAGGAUGUCAAUCCGGCUGGAGAUGGUGCUGCUGGAAGCACAACAACUUCGGUUGCUCCUAUUGCCGAAGAGUCUGACGAAGAAGAGGUGGACGAAACUGGCGUGGAGGACAAAGACGUGGAGUUGGUUAUGUCGCAGGCCAAUGUGAGUCGAGCAAAGGCCAUUAAGGCGCUGAAAAAUAACCAGAACGACAUAGUCAAUGCAAUUAUGGAACUGACCAUGUAGAAUCCCCGAAAGUUAUCACAUCAUUUUCAUUCAUCCUAAUUUUUGCUUCAUAAUUUCAUUUACAGGACACACAGUUGUGUAUAUAAUAAAAAUUAGUCAUUA